CGGCGCGGUGACGUCACGGCCGGGAUCCGCGCCGCAGCGAGGAGCGCAGUCCUCCUCCUCCUCCUCACCACCACCAUCCUCCUCCUCCUCGCCAAUUAGAGCAGCGGGACACUGCUCCCACGACGUGGUUGGCGGUGGUGGUGGUGGCGGUGGUGGUGAGCCCCGGGGCCCAUCCGUCCCGCGUGCUCCUUUCGCCUCCUCCUCCGCCUCCGCCGCCGUCAACCGCCGCCGCUGCCGCCGCCGCCGUUGCGGGCGAGGCUGGCGCCAUGUCCGUGGCAGGGCUCAAGAAGCAGUUCCACAAGGCGAGCCAGUUUGUUAGCGAGAAGGUGGGCGGAGCGGAGGGGACAAAGCUCGACGAUGACUUCCUGGAGAUGGAAAAGAAAAUUGACACGACCCAGAAGGCAGUGGUGGACAUUGUCACCAAGACACAGGAGUACCUGCAGCCCAACCCAGCGUCGCGCGCCAAGCUCGGGAUGCUGAACACCAUGUCCAAGAUCCGCGGCCAGGUCAAGUCCACGGGAUACCCGCAGCCGGAGGGCACGCUCGGGGAGUGCAUGGUGAAGUACGGCCAGGACCUGGGCGAGGAGUCCAACUUUGGCCAGGCCCUUGUGGACGUGGGCGAGUCCUACAAGGAGAUGGCGGAGGUGAAGGACGGCCUGGACAUCGGCGUCAAGCAGAACUUCAUCGACCCCCUGCAGGGCCUGCAGGAGAAGGAGCUCAGGGAGAUCGGGCAACACCUCAAGAAGCUGGAGGGGCGGCGCCUCGACUUUGACUACAAGAAGAAGCGCCAGGGCAAGAUCCUGGAGGAGGACAUCCGCCAGUCGGCCGAGAAGUUUGAGGAGUCCAAGGAGGUGGCCGAGAGCAGCAUGUUCAACCUCCUGGAGAGCGACGUGGAGCAGGUGAGCCAGCUGGCGGCGCUGGUGGAGGCUCAGCUGGAGUACCACCAGCAGUCAGCCGUCAUCCUCGUGCAGCUCCACCAGAAGCUGCAGCGCCGGAUAAGCGAGACGUCGGAUCGGCCGAGGCGAGAGUUCAAGCCCAAGCCCGUGUUCGCGCCCUGCGACCUUCAGGAGAGCAGCCAGCAGAACGGCGGCGUCAGCGCCGCCUCCUAUGCCUCCUCCUCCGCUCGCUCCUCCAAGUCCUCAGACUCCUCCCCGAGGCUCAGCCAAUCGGGGAACUUUAGCUGGUCGCAAGAGAUUCAGACCCUGGCAGCGGCGCCCAUGGACCAGCCGUGCUGCAAGGCGCUGUUCGACUUUGACCCCGAGAACGACGGGGAGCUGGGCUUCAAGGAGGGCGACGUCAUCACGCUCACCAACCAGAUCGACGACAACUGGUACGAGGGCAUGAUCCACGGCCAGUCGGGAUUCUUCCCCAUCAACUACGUCGAGGUGCUUGUGCCACUGCCGCAGUGACCGUCGGGGGGGCGCCCCGGAGCUCCUCCCCUGCACCCCCCUUCCCCCCACCUCCUUCCACCCCAACCCCAACCCCCCAUUUCCCCGUCACGGCAUCGGCCACUUCGCGCCGGCUCGCUCGAUGGUAACGCAGGGGGCGGAUUCGGCAAGCCGAGGGGGAACGCCGGCGGGAGCACAGGGGGAAGCGGCAGAUUGUUAACAGGGCAACGGCGUCCGCAGAGGCGUAGCGGUGUACGCGUACGACGCGGGCCGGGAGACAGCACGGCGCUUCGCCAAGCGCCCGUUGCAGAUUGUCGCGCCCGCGAUGAACACUUUGCCGAGCGUCCAAGUGCCCUAUUUCCAAAAGUGCCCCGAAGCAGGCCGCGUAGGGAUUCGUUUACUGAAAAGUGUUACUGCCGUUACUCUCGACGCGGCGCUGGAGAGGGGGGGAGAGCUGUGUAUCUCGUCCGUCUCGGCGCAUUUAAAAGGAGAGAAAAAAUACUUGUAAGUUAACGACACUUGUCGUUCGACGUACGCCUUGUGGAACGGUUUUGUGACUCCCGUAUACGGCACCACCCCCCAUCCCCCCGUCCUCCCCCGUGGGAUCCGCACCUGCUCGGCGAUUCAUUGGUCGAUGGCAUCUUAACGUGCGCAGAGGUCGUGUAAUUGUUGGCGCCGGCACAGAGCGUGGCUUGUCCGUGGCUCCUCCCCGCGCCUUCUUGAGUCGUUCUCUCUCUCUCUCUCUGUCUGCGAGAGCGAGCGAAUGCUGCGCGGCGCACGUUACAAGUUGAACUCAUUGUUAUUGGCGGCACAAACCCCGCGAGCCGAACAAAGCCGUUUACACAACUGCCGGAGUUUUUUUUUUUUUCGCGGUUGUGCCUCUGCAUCGCGAUUUCGUUUUUCUUUCUCUUUCCAGUUGUGCGGCCGCGUAGCUCCCCGAUCUGUUUUGCGGCGGCUGUACCGCCGUGCGUUGAUCGGCAACGACGCCCGACGUUUCCAUGUUCCCGAAGAAGCCGCCGGGGCGUGGAGCGAAACGUCGGGCUUCGCGCAGGGAAACGCACGGCGCGACCCCGACAAAACACGCGGCAGAGGCCAAACACGGUCGUUUGUUUUCUGUGAGCGCGCGCGACGCACGGCGUUGUUGCCUUUGGUUUGUUGUCCUUCCCCCGCACCUCUUGACGAGCACGGUUGGCUCCGUACGGCGCGAAAGAAGUUCAACGUGUGUACGUACAGCGGCGCCCCGUGCGCGGUUUCGUGAAGCGCUUUGUACCGUAGCCUUGUACGUGGUAGCCUUGUACGUGGUGGUUUCACCGGUCGUGCUGUACGGCUCUCCCGUUGCGUUGUCGGUUUGUGCCGCGCGGUGAUCGGCGCCAUGCUCUGACGUUUCGCUGCACGCGACGGGAGCUUCUUCGGGAGCUGACUUGAGCGGCCCACUCUCUCCCUUGGUUCUGUAGUAGAGUGGCUCCGCUGCUGCUGCUGCUGUUGCGUCUUGACACCGAUUUUUCUGAGCUCGCUGAACGACGCAAGAGAUAACAUCGACCGGGCCUUUGUCCAAUUGGCGUCAAGAUCCAACAACGGCAGCGUCCGGCAAAACGCUCUCGCCGUCGAGAGUAAGCGAGCUUGCUCAGUUCGGCUGCUGACGAAGGCCCCAGCACACGGAGCGGAACGUCGGGCAACGUCUCGAGCAGCACGCGGUACAACACGAAGCGCGUGGAAGAGCUUUGUCCAUCAUUUCAUUUCCUUCACCCCGUCCCCCACACCCCCACGGACUUAUUCGCCGCGAACUUGCCGUUGGGGCUCAGCUUGGGGUGAGAGUUUACAGAGCCCCGUUGCCGCGUGGUGGUGGUGGUGGUGGCCUGUCGCGUCCGCGUGUCUACGUCGCGUGCCUGCGUGUCUCCCACACACCCCCAGCCGUGCAUGUUUUUGUGCUGGAAGUGGUGGGGGUCCGUUCCGUGCUCGUCAAAAGCGAUCAAACUAAAGGAAAAACCGCCCGAGCCUCGGACCUGGGGCAGCCAUCACUGUCUGAGUAUUAUUAUUAUUAAUGUUAUAAACCAAUUGGCAACUUUGCACAAGAUGUUUGCUGAUCCCCAUUCAUUUUUCUCUCAACCCGGAUAUUAUUGCUGUUGAGUGGCGAACGUUAUUUACACUGGCAAGCUACCUUUGCAGCAAUUCCAAACGUUCCACGGGAGUCUACGGACUUUGGUUUGCAUAAAAGCAACUACACACAGAAGAAAAGGAGAGAUGAUGUACGUUGCAUCUUAAAGUACAGAAGAUGGAAUGUGUUAUGUAAUAUAGGUGCUGAGACACAAUAAUUAGACAUGAUUAAACAGCCCGAUUGGCUCUGCCGAUCGUGUUGACAGGCUCGGACGCAAGAGACGGUGACGCUGAGAGAUUUGGGACCACGUUACGGACCAAUUCGUCGAUGGAAGUGCAAUUCGGUUUUGCCAUUUCAGCAGACAUUGAGCGGUCUACGUUGCCUCUAUGUGCAUGAGUAUGGGCCACACUGACCAGCAACCCGGGAGCCCUGUGCUUGAAUGUCAGAGACCAGCGUCCACACGCCCUGAAGUGUACCGGUCACUCUGUGUCCACUGAAGUGUACCGGUCACUCUGUGUCCACACUUUGAAGUGUACCGGUCACUCUGUGUCCACUGAAGUGUACCAGUCACUCUGUGUCCACACUCUGAAGUGUACCGGUCACUCUGUGUCCACUGAAGUGUACUGGUCACUCUGUGUCCACACUCUGAAGUGUACCGGUCACUCUGUGUCCACUGAAGUGUACCGGUCACUCUGUGUCCACACUGUGAAGUGUACCGGUCACUCUGUGUCCACACGCCCUGAAGUAUACCAGUCACUCUGUGUCCACACGCCCUGGAGUGUACCGGUCACUCUGUGUGUCCACACUCUGAAGUGUACCGGUCACUCUGUGUCCACUGAAGUGUACCGGUCACUCUGUGUGUACACACCCUGAAGUGUACCGGUCACUCUGUGUCCACUGAAGUGUACCGGUCACUCUGUGUCCACACUCUGAAGUGUACCGGUCACUCUGUGUCCACUGAAGUGUACCGGUCACUCUGUGUCCACUGAAGUGUACCGGUCACUCUGUGUCCACACGCCCUGAAGUGUACCGGUCACUCUGUGUCCACUGAAGUGUACCGGUCACUCUGUGUGUACACACCCUGAAGUGUACCGGUCACUCUGUGUCCACUGAAGUGUACCGGUCACUCUGUGUCCACACGCCCUGGAGUGUACCGGUCACUCUGUGUCCACACGCCCUGGAGUGUACCUGUCACUCGCGCUAACAGCUGUGCCCGUGAUGUCUCCUCAUGUUGGUUUUAAGGCUUCGGAGUCUCAGCCCACAAGGGUAAUUGGCAUUGUACUGAAUGUUGUUUAACCACUGAUUAAUUAUGACUCCCGAUAGAGUGUAUGAGCUCUUUAUAUUUUUGCACAUUUCUGCUUGCGAGGUCACUUAUUCCUUCCCGUGUAGACCUAUGUUGCUGUAGUGGUCGUCCUGAUUGCUUUGUGAGAGCCGUAAAUCUUCAUGCCUCAAUAGACAUUUUAUAAUGUAGAGAAAUGCACAUCUGUGACCGACGGAUACUAUAUGUAUAUGUUUUACUAUACGAGAUGUAUUUUAUGUGUUAAGUGGUUCAGUGAAUUGCCUUAACAUUCCCUGUCCUGUGUCCUGUAGCGUGGUGAUGUGGUGCAUUGCAAUGUUGAUGCACAGGUGGCAUUGUUUCAAAAGUAUUGCGUAAAUAAAUCUAUCGUGGUGGGGGUUACAGCUCUUGCGUA